ACAAGCUGUUAUCACGGGUAAGCUUUUUCAUGUGUAUCCCGUUAUAAACGUAUUUCAUUUUCCAACUUCGUUUCAGUAAUGUACACGAUAACGCACGGUCGUGUUUAAAAAGGCGCAUCCGUUUUACGCAGCGCAGCGUGCAUUUCGUAAGCCUAGAAGCGUCGGGCUCGGGGUUUUUGUUGUCGCGAUUUUACAUUUUACCUCUUUCAUAUAAUAUUAUCAUCUUUCUUAUCAAAUUUUAGACCGAUAAACCUGUCUUUCAUCAAGCGAAUAGUUCGAAUUUCGAAAUAUGUUAUUUGUAUUGUAGUGAUUUGUGAUCGAAAUGGAGAUAUCAAUUUCGGCGGCACCUUUGGAUUUUAGUUUAUCUAUGAGAAAUGCCAUCAGAUCCGAACCGUCUCAAGAACGUCAUAAUCCCAGUCUUUUGAAACUUCUGCAAGGAAACAACGCUGCUCGCAAUAAAGAUACGGAGACCAAUAGCGCUUUUCGAAUUGUCACGCCGAAACUUAAAAUCGAAGAUCAAAUAAAAUUUGGCGUAAAAAGACUGGUUGAAAAAUUAGACGACGACGAAAAUGAUCAUCGAAACGAUAAACAUAAUAUUAACGAAAUCAUAUAUCAGAAUCCGAAUCGAUUAAGAGAAUUAUAUCAUAAUAAUAUAAUCACGAUGUCUGAUAAAUACAUCGAAACGUCGGCAUCUGAUCAAAAAUCUUCAUCGCCAGAGCUGCGAGAGCGAUCACCUAUUUCGUCGCCAGAAUUGGAAGUGGAUAGUCCAUCAACGUCGCCGCCUCUGGAUGUCACUUGCAGGACACCGUCGCCUUUUUCAAAACGGCCGAAGAAUUCGGAAUCGUUUAGCGUAAACGCUUUACUCAAACCAGACAUUCCUAGAAUAAAUCGAAACACAUUUCAUCCGGCAUUUGCAGAGACCAUAUCGGUGACGAGAUCGUUACUCUAUCCGAAUCUAACUUUUCCGGACAUUCUAAUAAAAGAAGGAAAAGAAAUGAACACCAGUUCGACGACCGUACUACCAAGACACAUUCAUAGCUUCGGUAUACCUCAUAAUGUUUAUAGUGUUCAAAAUGCUUCGACUUUGAGUAAAGAUAACGUCGAUUUUAUCGACGCGAAUAGAAAUUUUUUAGCCGGAUCUUUAUACCUUAGUUUAGAAGCUGUACAAGCUGCAGCUGCAGCAAUGGCAAGUCCGCCUGCGAUUAAUCAAGGAACUAAAAUAAACGGAAUAUUUCAUAAUUCUUUCAACUCGCAUAGUCCUCCCGUGGGCGAAGAUUUGUUACGUAUCCGGCAGCAUUUUUUGGUAAACGGCAACAUCGGGAAUCAUUCGUCUCACGACAUUUCCAUGGAAAACAACCAAUCCUCCAAUCAUCAGCAUGUUUUAUUACGAAAUUCCGGCCUAGGGGAUAUAUUUUCUUGUAUUAAAUGUGAUAAAAUGUUUCCUACUUCGCAUGGUUUAGAGGUACAUUCUCGAAGAUCGCACAGUGGAAAAAGGCCUUUCGCAUGCGAACUUUGUAACAAAACUUUCGGCGCUGAAGUCAGUCUAAGUCAACAUAGGUGGCUAUGUUGUCGCCGAUCUGUUCAUAAUGUCGAGAAAGUAUUUGAAUGCAAACAAUGUGGGAAAACGUUCAAAAGAUCGUCAACCUUAUCAACUCAUCUGCUCAUACAUUCAGAUACUAGACCAUAUCCGUGUCAGUUUUGUGGCAAAAGAUUUCAUCAAAAAUCAGAUAUGAAAAAGCACACGUACAUUCAUACAGGAGAAAAACCGCAUAAAUGUCAAGUGUGUGGGAAAGCUUUUAGUCAAUCGUCUAAUUUAAUAACUCAUAGCAGAAAGCACACAGGAUUCAAGCCUUUCGCCUGUGAUUUAUGCGGUCGAGCAUUUCAAAGGAAAGUGGAUCUUCGUAGACAUAAAGAAACACAGCAUACCGAACUGAGAGCUUUAACUUGAAGAUUUUAACGACUCAACUACAUAUAUAAGCCAAGCUUAAUUAUUACAUUUUCUAUUUCCAAAAAAUCCAACAGAUUGGCAAAAAAAUUAAAAUACUCAUUCAUGUAAGUUAGAAGUCAAAGAGAAAGACAAUCAUGAUGGUUUCAAAUUCACAUUUAACGCCACACACGUACAGAUGGAUUCAUUUUUACAUAUUUAUGUGAAUGGUGUUUUCUGCAAUACAAAAUAGCCUAACUUAAUCGAAAGUUUGUACAUUAUUCCUGAAUUACCACCUAUUUACCUUCUUAAAGGUUGUAAUAGGUAUGUUACUCGUCCUACCCGUAACAGUUUCGUGGUCAAAAGUAUAUAAGGUGAUCAAAAAAGGAGAAGAAGAAUUUUUUUUGUUUUUCUAAGUGUGUAACUUAUCCAAAUUACAUACAAUAUCAAUUAUGUUCGAAAGGAGAAUUAUAUUUUUAUUAAGUAAGGUUUGAUUUUUAUUUGAACCAAAAAAAUCCCUUUUACCUAGUCGCUAAAGAGGCAAAAAGUGAAGUACCCAAAAGCCACUUGGCUAGGAAACUGAAUGUUUAAUGCGUAAGAUUAUCGUUGAAUUGGCAUAUUUUUAGGACCUUUAUCGCCAAACAAUCUUCAAUUUUAUCAUUUUUAAUCCGCCAAUUAUGUGACAUUUUCAAUUUUUUAUUUCAAUUAAGUUUUGUUACCUUUUGCUUUUAAAAGUAUACCUUUAAGUUAAAAGCAUUUUUAGUGCAAUUUCUAUAGAUCUAUACAAUUCUUCCAUUUUUUUUUCUUUUUAUUUUUCAUUUGCCACAAGAAAAUAAAGUGUGUAAAAUUAUUUCUGUUAUGAAUGUUGUUUUGCAUUAGUGUAUACUAUUUAGCCAGUUACGUUUCACUUCGCGUUAUUUAUUUUAUUUUUAAGUGUUGGUAUUCAACUUAUCAUUCGAUGUUAUUUUGUAAAUAGAUGA